AUGGAGUUCUUCCUGACUUCUUUGCUGAGAGGCCACGGCAGACAGCCGGUGAAGCUGUUGGAUCUGCAGCCCUUGAAGCGCUUCACGCAGAGGAUCCUCAACUUGCGGGGGGAGUCAGAUGUGCUGAAGGGCCAGUUGGAAGAGGCGCAGAUGGAGGCCGGCCUGAACGACGCGGCCGCCCUGGAGAUGCAGCGAGCUUUCGAGGAGGAGGUGGAAUACCAGAAGGCAGCGCAGGAAAUGAUCGGCCGCCAGUUUGUGAAUGCCCAGUCAAGCCAUCUCAAUGUGCUGAAGCGGUUGGAGGACGACAGCAGCCUCAAUCACAUGCAGCAGUUUGAAGACAUGAGCAAGCGCUUGAAGAAGUCGCUCGCUGCACAGAAGGAGGCAGAAAACAAAGUGAAGGGGCUUACGGCAGAAUCAUCUAGCCUGCAGCGGCAAGUGCGGAAGCUGCAAGGAGAAAAGGAGAAACUCAUGGAACGACUUGGCAGCGUUGAGAGCAGCAAUGCCACGCAGAAGCAGGAGAUUGCCGAACAGGCAGCAUUGAUCAAUGAUCUCUUGGAGACUUUGAAUGAGACCCAAGACAGGAAUCGACAUUUGCGAGAUGAGAACCGAGUGCUUCGGACUCGCCUCGAGAGUUUGCAGAUGCAGCUGGAUCUUUUGCUGUGA